AUGGCUCACUCGCCGUCCUCGUCGUCGGCGGCUGACGACCCCGCCGAGAACACGGCCGACGAGGAAGAUUCCGAAGACUACUGCAAGGGCGGUUAUCACCCCGUCCAGAUUGGCGAAAAGUUCAAGGACGGCAAGUACACGGUUGUGCGCAAGCUGGGCUGGGGUCACUUCUCGACCGUCUGGCUGUCGCGGGACAACACCAACGGCAAACACGUCGCGCUCAAGGUGGUGCGCUCAGCCACCCACUACACGGAGACGGCCGUCGAUGAGAUUAAGCUUCUCAAUAAGAUCGUCCAGGCCAACCCCAACCAUCCCGGCCGCAAGCACGUCGUCAGCCUCCUCGACUCGUUCGAACACAAGGGCCCCAACGGAACUCACAUGUGCAUGGUGUUUGAGGUGCUGGGCGAGAACUUGCUGGGCCUCAUAAAGAGAUGGAACCACCGCGGUAUCCCCAUGCCUCUUGUCAAGCAAAUCACCAAGCAAGUCCUGCUUGGCCUGGAUUACCUACACCGGGAGUGCGGCAUCAUCCACACCGAUCUCAAGCCCGAAAACGUCUUGAUUGAAAUUGGAGACGUUGAGCAGAUUGUCAAGAAAGUGGUCAAGCCCGAGACGCCCGACAAAGAGAACAACCGCAACGGCCGCAGAAGACGUAGGACGCUCAUUACUGGCAGCCAGCCGUUGCCGUCUCCCCUCAACGCCAACUUCAACCACAACAACCUAUUCCCAUCAUCAACUUCCCAGGGCAGCCUGGCUGGAAUGCUGGAAGGUAAGAACAAGGACGGAUCGCCAAAGGCCGACGACGCUCAUAAGAGAGAAAAGUCUGCUGACCUCCUGACUCGCGAAGUGUCGGGUAUCUCUCUAGACAAAUCCAGCACACCUUCGUCGGGCUCAACCGGCGACAAGCGCAAGGCGGAUGAUUCGCAUGCAUUUGAGGUGAUUAGCGUCAAGAUUGCCGACCUGGGCGCAAAGUGGGGUGCAAGCACAGAUGUCUGGAGCAUGUCUGCCAUGGUGUUCGAGUUGAUUACGGGCGACUAUCUCUUCGAUCCCCAGUCUGGCACUAAGUAUGGCAAGGACGACGACCACAUCGCGCAGAUCAUAGAGCUGCUGGGCCCCUUCCCACGAUCCCUGUGCCUCAGCGGCAAAUGGAGCCAGGAAAUAUUCAACAGAAAGGGAGAGCUCCGGAACAUUCAUAGGCUGAGGCACUGGGCUUUACCAGACGUCCUGAGAGAGAAAUAUCAUUUCAAAGAGGACGAGGCUAAGCGCAUCUCGGCCUUUUUGACUCCGAUGCUCGAGCUCGUGCCAGAGAAGCGCGCUAACGCCGGCGGCAUGGCAGGGCACCCGUGGCUGGAUGACACGCCGGGUAUGAAGGGCGUCAAGAUCGAGGGGCUGGAGGUUGGCAGCCGUGGAGAGGGAAUUGACGGCUGGGCCACCGAGGUGCGGAAACGAUGA